UCAUUAUGAAAAGAGGUCUACAGAAGGCCUAUAGGCUUACGUUGAGAUCCUGCAAUUUGGAUAGCAUCCAAGGAUCUUUCCUGCGGCCUGAGGAGACAUUCCCCCUUUACAUCAAAACAAAAUGCAACAGGUGUUCAAGGCACUCGCUAACGGAAGAGGAUAUGAGCCACCUGGCCUUACGGAUGCAUCGCUUAAAUGCUAAAUCAUCCCUGAGGGCCGCAUUGCUGGGGUGGACGGUCAGCUGAAGUUGUGAUGUUAUGUGUUAUAAUUAUGCCAAACGUAUUUAAACCCUGCUGAUCGCAUUACAUUCAUUCUCAACUAUAUAGGGCCUAUAUACCUAAUGUGACUAAUCUUUUAAAAGUAGCGAAGCAUUUUUUCUACAGACUGUUUUUUUUUUUUUUAAAUGAAAUUAGACAAAACGUAGAGUCAGGAGAAACAAAUGGAUACAUGUUUGAAGUUCUGCAAGGUUGGUAGAGCCAAAAUGAAUGAUCAACAUUAGCUGGAGCGGGAAGACCUGCCUUGUGUUUUGUGUGUGCGUGUGCGUUUAUGUGCACACAGUGGCGCGCUUGGGUAUGAACGGUAGUCACUCAAACACAGUGGUUUUCUGCCAUUGGUUACCUGUUUCCUCAAUCCUUUGCCAUUCGAUCCGAACAACCCUUAUUUACUACCGCUCUCCCCUUUUUCGUGGUUCACUGAGACUAGUCUACACAUCUUGCUACAGUGUAGAAAAACAGACUUUCUUUAAACCCUCGCGGCUUAUCAACAACCUCCUCAGCUAUUCUGAAAAAAAAACACAGAUCUACUACGUCAUACGAAGGUGGUUCAUGAAGUAUGCCGAAAUCUAUAAAGCGAAGAGACUGCAGAGAGGACGCUUUACAUCUCGGAGAGAUAGCCACACUGGAACUUGCGGAUUUUCUCCUGUCGGCGAUAUGACUCGACAUCUAAAAGGGUAUUUCAUUCCUGCAAAGUACUGAGAGGAGAAUCGACUACCUUUUCCGACGCGACGCGGGUGCCCGGGCACAUCUUCCUAGUGUUUACUGGUUCUCUGACCUUGCGAAGGCAAAACACGCACACCAAAGCUGGUUGAAAAGUGGACCUUUGGAGGUCGAUUAUUGGAAAUGUUCAUAUUCGAGAGCAGUAUCAUAUCUGCGGUGGUUUCCGCGCUCACAUCGGUUUUGCCAGCGCUACUCCUGCUUGCGCUCUCCCGGCAACUCUGGACCUUCCGGUGGACCAUCACACGGGACAAGGACUGCAAGCUCCCGUUGCCUGAGGGCUCAAUGGGUUGGCCGCUGGUCGGAGAAACUUUCCACUGGCUUUUCCAGGGGUCCAGUUUUCAUAUUUCUAGGAGAGAGAGGCAUGGCAACGUGUUUAAAACACACCUUUUGGGUAAACCUGUCAUUCGUGUGACUGGUGCCGAAAACAUCCGUAAAAUUCUGCUGGGAGAGCACAACCUGGUGUGCACACAAUGGCCCCAGAGCACGCGCGUCAUCCUUGGACCCCACACUUUGGUCAAUUCCGUGGGGGAUCUUCAUAAGAAGAAGAGGAAGAUCUUGGCAAAAGUGUUUAGCCGCGGGGCGCUGGAAACGUAUCUGACGCGCCUCCAAGAUGUUGUCAAGUCUGAAAUUGCUAAAUGGUGUGCAGAGGCCAGUUCUGUGGAUGUUUAUGCGGCAUCGAAGUCGCUCACAUUCCGAAUAGCUGUAACAGUCCUGCUCGGUCUGAGGCUCGAGGAGGACCACAUCACAUACCUCUCAAAGAUCUUUGAUCAACUGAUGAACAAUCUCUUCUCCUUGCCCAUUGAUGCGCCACUCAGCGGACUGCGUAAAGGUAUCAAAGCCAGGGAAAUACUGCAUGCGUCCAUGGAGAAGAUUAUUGAGGAGAAGCUUAAGAAGCAGCAUGCGGAGGAGUACUGCGACGCCUUUGACUACAUGCUAAGCAGCGCCAAGGACAAUGAUUAUGAAAUGACCCUGCAGGAACUUAAGGAGACUGCAGUGGAGUUGAUUUUUGCUGCCCACUCUACAACGGCCAGCGCAUCUACAUCGCUCAUACUUCAGCUGCUGAAACACCCAGGUGUAGUAGAGAAAGCGAGGAAAGAGCUGGUGAUAGAGGGCCUUGAAGGGGAGAAACACUUCGCCAACGACUCCGAGCGCACAGAAACCAGCUGGAAGAGCGUGCCAGCUGUGCCUCUGAACGAUGCAGUGCCAUCAACAGACGAGCCAGGACAGAGGUGCUCAGACGCUGAAAGUUCGAUCAAUACAAUCAACGGCGUGCCUGUUGGAUACACCAUAGACAAUCAGAUUUCUCAAGUCCAAGUCCCUUACUUGAGUUUGGAGAAACUUACACAGUUGCGUUACCUCGACUGCGUUGUGAAGGAAGUGCUCAGGUUUCUUCCACCAGUUUCGGGAGGCUACAGAACGGUGCUCCAGACUUUCGAACUUAACGGGUAUCAGAUUCCAAAGGGCUGGAGUGUAAUGUACAGCAUCAGAGACACACACGAGACGGCAGCAGUGUUUCAGAGUCCCGAGCUUUUCGACCCGGACCGUUUCAACACGGACCGUGACGAGAGCAAAACCGGACGCUUCAAUUACGUCCCUUUUGGUGGGGGCGAGCGGCGAUGUAUUGGACGGGAGCUCGCUGUAAUCAUUUUGAAAACUCUGGCUAUUGAAUUAUUGGGCACAUCAGAAUGGCGACUGGCCACAGAUAAUUAUCCCAGAAUGCAAACAGUACCGAUUGUUCAUCCGGUCAACGGCUUGCAUGUUCAUUUCAGUUGCAGGAAUUUCAGUGGAUGUAACAGUCAUAACCAGACAAGUUACAUUUAAAGACCAUUUAAUCGUCAGUUGAAUUGAAGAACCAUUCCAUUUAAAUUAUUGCAUUAUGUUAAUAUGCGCUGUAAAAAGGCUACACCACUCAAGUUCUGGACAAAACAUUAAUGAAUUUAUUCGUGAGUGGUUCAGACUGCAACAUAACUUAACUACACUUCAGUCAAGCCAUCAUGAAAUGCAUAACCAAGGACACCAAGCAAGGGACUAGGGCUGGUAACCUAUACGACCUGACUCGUCAAAGGUUUUGUCCAAACAAGAUUGUUCAUUGUUUCACUGUGAUGGUCUAGUCGUAGUUAUGCUUCUAGACAUGUGACGAGACCCUCAAAGAGCACACAAGGAAGGAGUCAAGACUGCGGACCGAACAUCGCACGCCUUCUCUGAACAGAUUACUUCACUAUGCUUCAGUGGAGUUAUCUGGCCCAUGGACACAAACAACCUAUUCCUUUAGCUACUUUGACUUUAUCAUACAAUGCAUUGCUUAUAAAUGUGUUACAUCCUGUAAAACAAACUAUAUCGUAUAUGUUUUUAAAUGAAGUAGGUCAAAAUAAGCUCUAUUUAUAGAUUAUUGUAGAAAUAAGUAGCCUAACAUAGUUAUGUACCCUACACAGAUAAAAUGUCCCCAUCACGACCAAUAGUUGAUGUUUUAUGCUCAAUCAGGUUGGUUUGUUACUUUCUAAAUACGAAUAUAGCCCAUUGUGUGAUUCCAUGAAUAUUUCCUGCUGAAUAUAUGUACUAAUGAGGAAUGUAAAAUGUGAAGAAAUGGUUCAUGUGCUGUGAAUCAAGAAUUUGGGUUGGUAAAAAGGAAGGAGAAUCAAACCGUAUAGCACUUUCACUCUACAUACUCUUCGAAAAGAGAUAGGUUAAGAUUUUCUCAAUCAGAGAACCGAUUUAAAGUGUAGCCUACUGGUUUCUGUAGAGCAAUUAGGAUUCGGAUGAGUUCAGGUUCUCUAACCGAGAAAAGUGCGCAAAACCUUUUUUCCAAGUGUUGUGAGUAGGCCUAUGUAUAUAUUUGUAUUUCUGUGAAUGAUUCGUUGCAGUCUUGUGUUUUAGAAUAUCGGUUGUAUUUUUGUUAUUUUGGGGUCAGGUUGUGCAUCUUAAAAAUCGUACCAUAUUAAAAUGUGCAAUGUUUUCUUAUAGCCUAGGCUAGAUUUAAUAUGUGUAUAUCUGUCAUAUAACAAACGAAAGUGUAAUGAGUGAUGAAAAUAAACAGAUUUUUUCAGUUCAUUACGAACAUUA